AGGUGAAGGCGCUCCGGGACGAAGUGAAGGAGAAGGCCAAGGAGGCCGUGAAGUCGGUCGAGGGCGCAGACAAGGAGUUGGCCAGCGUCGAAAACCACAUGAAGGGGCUGACUGGCAAGGCCAAAGGCGCCUCCGUGUCCGAGAUGCACGCCCUGGCCGAGGAGACCGACGCCCUGAUAGAGAAGGCCAAGGCCACCGUGGACGGCGUGCGCGCCAACCUGGCGUCCGCGAGCGGGGCCCACGGCGGCCUGGACGAGAUCAAGGCUUUCGUGACCGCGGAGCUGAAGACAUCUAACGUGCGCCUGGAAAGGAUGAACUCGCGCGUCGCGCGCGUCCAGACUCUGCUGAAGAACUUCCGAGAGCAGGCGGAGAAAAAGCUCGCGGCCGAGCUGCAGGUGCUGCGGGCCGCGGCCAGGACCCGCAUGAGACAGCACCAGGCCGCCAAGGAGCUGAGCCUGGAGGA